AAGACCGACUCGCCGCCAAGGGUUGUCCCGCUCCGCGCUCGCUAUUUAGAUUUAGAUCCCGGCCAGGCUUCAUUACCUUCGUCCUCUCGGUAAUAAACAGCUCUGGCCUCUGGGUCUGCGCCUUCGUAUGCCCUACUUCGCCUUCUCCCGAUUUAAAUCUCUGCGGCGGGUUAGCUCACUUCCCUCCCCUUUUGAUAAGGGUUCCGAGAAGAAACCCUAGCUCUCUCCAUGGACAGGCACCGAGGCGACCGCUUCGGCGACCGCCCUAGCGACCGCUUCGGAGACCGCCCCGGCGACCGCUUCGGGGACCGUCCCGGCGACCGCUUCGGCGACCGCCCCGGCGACCGCUUCGGCGACGGGGGAAGGCAUCCAAGAAUGCAGUCCCGGUGGUCUUCCGGCAGUCCCACCCACCAGCCCCCACGAUAUCCGAGAGGCGGUGGCGAGGGCUUCUCUGGGGGCGCCGGUGGCGGCGGGCGCUACCACCCCUACCGCGCUCCUCAGGACUACCCUCCCUCCGGAGGCGGGUUCCGUGGCGGAGGUCCUGCAGGCUUCGGGCAUCCGUUGCCCAUGGCUGGCGGCCCGAAGCGUGGGUUCUCGGCUCGCGGUGGUUCUCCAGAUCAUGCUGAUGGGAACAAAUUUGCUAAACUUUUUAUUGGAUCUGUUCCAAGGACAGCAACUGAAGAAGAUAUUCGACCCUUAUUUGAGGAACAUGGAGAGGUUAUUGAAGUGGCUUUGAUCAAGGAUAGAAAAACUGGACAGCAACAAGGAUGUUGUUUCAUUAAAUAUGCAACUUCAGAGGAGGCUGAUAGAGCUAUCAGAGCUUUACAUAAUCAAUAUACUUUGCCUGGGGGAUCUGGCCCUAUACAAGUCAGAUAUGCUGAUGGGGACCGCGAACGUCAUGGCGCUGUUGAACGCAAACUAUUUGUGGCAUCACUCAAUAAACAAGCCGCAAGUGAGGAGAUCGAGGAAAUCUUUUCUCAAUAUGGUCGUGUUGAAGAUGUCUACAUUAUGAAAGAUGAAUUAAAGCAGAGUCGUGGAUGUGGCUUUGUAAAAUUCUCAACUAGAGAUGAUGCAGUAGCAGCUAUGAAUGCCCUUCAUGGAAAUUAUGUGAUGAGGGGAUGCGAUCAGCCAUUAAUUGUUCGUUUUGCCGAUCCUAAGAGGCCCAGGCCUGCAGAACCAAGGGGUGGCCCUACUUUCGGGGGUCCUGGUUUCAGUCCUCGAUCUGAUGCAGCAUUAAUAAUCAGGCCCACAGCCAAUCUUGAUGAACCUAGAGGUGGACGCAUGCCACCCGAUGCUUGGCAUCCAUUGAGUCCACGGUCACUGGGACCAUCUUCUCACUUCAAUGCACAUGAAUCUGGUAGUCAGUCAGCUGCCAAGGGUGGUGUCAUGGCAACAUCAUCAGAUGCACCGGGUACCUUGGGAGUAACUUGUGGUCCUACAAAUGGAGAUUUAUCGAGUCUUUCAGCGACACCAUCUUCUUCAUUGCAACAGGGUUUCAACCCUUCAAUGGCACAAGUUCGUCCUGUUGCUGGUCAGCAAAUAUCAGCAUUGCAAAAGCCACUAAUGCCCCCUCAAAACUUCUCAUCUUCUCUCCAAUUGCAUCAAAACCAACAGACUCCUGCUUCCCAAUCACAGUCUCAAAACUUGCAGGCACCAAUGCAGCAGCUCGGGCUUCAAGUCCCUCAAUCUGGUAGCCUAACCUCCUAUGGCCAAAAUCUACCAUUGCAACAGUUACCUGGUUUGGCAGCACAGUUGUCCACAUCACAGCCUGCAGUCCAACAAAAUGCCUCUGCUGGUGCACUGCAGAAUCCUUUAAGCCUGCAACAGCAAUCCAUGCCUGCUGUUGCUAAUCAACAGCAGUUUCCUGCUUCGAACAUUACCCAACAACUGCUUCAGCAGCCUAUCCAACAAUUGCCAUCGCAACUGCCACAGAUGCUGCUACAACAGCAGGCACAAGCCUUACAGUCAAGCUUUCAGUCUUCACAGCAGGCAAUUUUCCAGCUGCAACAACAGCUGCAGCUAAUGCACCAAUCAAAUCUGAAUCAACAGCAAAUUUCUCAGGCGGGUAAACAACAGUCUGCAUGGACCGGACUGGCAUCAACAUCUAGCACUCCUGCUAGCACACCAGCUGCAGUUAUGCCUUCAACUAGGUCUGCUACUACUCCGCUUCCGGUAUCUACCACACCUGCAGUUCCUUUAACUUGCAACUGGACAGAGCACACUUCUCCUGAGGGAUUUAAAUACUACUACAAUAGCAUUACUCGUGAAAGUAAGUGGGAGAAACCCGAAGAAUUUUCAUUAUUUGAGCAGCAGCAACAGCAGCAGAAGUUGCUAUUGUCGCAGCAGCAGCAACAGCAGAAACUUGUCCAGCAGCUUCAGUCCCCAUCUUCUCAUACCCAGUCACAUACACAGAUUCAGUCUAGCCAACAAGCUUCCCAAACGCAACAGGUGCAGCCACAAAUGCAGAUGAGGCAGCAGGCACAAUUGCAGCUCCUUCACCCUUCUUUAGCGUACCAAGCUUCUGGUGUGGCUGGUCAUCAAAAUAUGCAGGAAUUAAAUUACUCACAAUUACAGGCAGCUAGUGCUGUUAUUGAUCCUACCCGAGCACAACAGGGGAUUCAAGCUGCACAGGAAUGGGCCUGGAAAAACAAGACCACAGGUUCUUGAUGAUGCAAGUUGUCCAGUGAGCUGCACGGGGUGUGAUAACAGAAAUUCACUGGCAUGGAGUGACAGAAAUGGCAGUGGCCUCAACCUGUUUCAUAUUCUCAUGAUUGCUCAACUAUGAAAUGUAUUAUUAUCAGGAUUUAGUGGAAAAAUGAUAAAUUAGUUUUUUAUUUUCACUCAAUCAUGGCAAUUCUGAAUGCUUUCUAUGCCGUUUUCUUGUAGAGAUGUGUUAACGUGUUUUUCCUCGUAAAUUUGCGUCAGGGAAACUUUCAUUAUUAUAGUUGUGAUCUGUGUUUAA